AUGUCGAGCGAUGGUAACCGCGGGCUCCCCGAGACAAGGACAGUUGUAGUCGGAAGCCCGGGACUGCAAAUCGGUGCGUUUACGACGCAGGAUAUGAACCUCGACUACCAAAAUCGACUUCGAGAGACCCGACUGCCUGGACGGUUCGAUCAAAGCUUCAAAGGACUCGAGAUGAUCGCAACCGCUGCUGUGGCUGUAGCACAGACGCCGCAAUCCAUGGAGAUUGCGGAACCCGCAUGCCAGUGGGAUAAACCGGAUCCCGUAUCGCCUCGGGAUACGCAUGGAGCUAUUGGUGGGCGCGGGGCUGAUACUGCGCAUGACGAGUACCGACACUUCGAGCCUGAGCGAAAAAGUUCCCGCCAGAGUCGGCCGAAACCGUUUACGUCCACCAAAAAAGGUGCCCGAAUAUUCACUCCGGAGCAACAACAGGUGCUAAAGGCAGUGUAUGCGGAGAACCAGUAUCCAUCUCGCGAUGAUAUUCAGCGUCUCGCUCGAGCAUUUCAGCAACCGGAGGCAAAACUAACCACCUGGUUCAACAAUCGCCGCGCGCGCGUCCGGCGAUCUCAGCGGAACCAGCGCGUGUCGCCAUCGACUCGAAGAUAUGGCAGUGAACAGUCUGCGACCGCGUUAUCCUCGCAGUCCAUGGAAAGAUGCGCAUCUGAGUGCGUCACCUCCGCAACUGGGCACCAAACUGUGCCAUUGGCACGGAAAAGCAGUCGCAGGGAGUCAAUCUUCGACACGGAGUCGACAGCGCUCGCCGCACAUGCGCCAUGGGUCCAUUCUCCAUCCCAGAGUUUGAUGAAUCCCUCUGGCAGGCUCGACGCCCUCAAUGCGCCGAGUCUUUCCGUUUGUGGCGACGGAUCCUGCAAGAGACAAAUGGUAUCCCAGUUUGAAGCCGGCGAAUCGUGCCGCACCCCAGCUGUAAGCAGGGAAAGGAGGACGCUCACGAGCAUGGAUUACUUGGAAUGUGCCACUCUCAGGGGUAUUGAAAAGUUUGAAAAUGGCUCGGGGCGCGCGCUGAAGAGCGACGAGGACUUUUCGCCCACAACACUUGCCACUGCGGACACGCCCGGCAAAUGGCCAACUUGCCGGCGCUGA